CACUACUCAGAACUUCAUGGGAGCCCUUUUUGAUAGGGUCCAAUACCAACAAAGGUCUCUCUUUCCUUCCACAAAGGCCUUCCACCUGCCAAGUUCAAGAUUCUCAGAAAGUCGUGAAAGAUGCCUUAUAUGCUACCAAGGAGAAUCCGGGUGCCCCUAAAGGCCAAACCAGAGGACAAGGAUCCGUUGCUAAGCUUUUGCCAGAUCCCAGACAAGCACCAGGACCCCUCCCAUCCCCGCAAGUCCUUCGCUUCCACCAUACCGGUGGCCGUAGACCCCUGGAAGCAGCAGCAGAAGGUCAUCAACCACCGUUUUUACACCCGACAGUACACCAACUCAUACACGCCCUUCUACACCUUGCAGAAACCGUCGUGCGGCUACCUUUACUGCCAAGACACGGACCACACCCGCAAGAGGUUGGACAUCCCUUAUACCAACGUAAACAAAUGGCGGACUGAUGCCAUUCUGUAGUCCCCGGAGGCUCCCGCACUCCUCCGCCCGCUUCAUCUCUGGAAGGCUGGGCCCUCAGAAAGGAGGGUGUGUUUGCUAGGGGAGGGAGGGGCUGCCCCGGCGGCUGGGCUCCCCAGGAUGGUCACUUUUGGGCAACGAGGGAGACCUCUUCAGCACCAAUUAAACAUUACCCUUCUUUAGUCUA